UUAGUUUAUAUAUUUUGGAUACAAAUCCUUUGUUAGAUAUAUGUUUUGCUAAUAUUUUCUCCCAGUCUUUUCACUUACUGAUUUUCUUAAUGGUACCUUUUGAAAAGCAGAAUUUUGAAUUGAAGUAUAAUUUAUUAAAUUUUUCUUUUAUAGUUAUUUCUUUCAGUAUCCUAAGAUCCCUUUAUGGGGCUUUCAAUCUAGUUAUGGAGACAAAAGUUAAUGAAAUAGAUCAUUAUAAACUAUGAUAAGUGUGGAAUCUAGUCUAAUCUGGGAAUUCAAGGACGAUUUCCCUGAGUAAGUGGUAUUUGAACUGAAACCUGUAGAUUGCAUCUGAGGUAAGUAAAAGAAAUGUCAUGGCAUAGUAAGCAACGGGUACAAAUAUCCUGAGGCAGUAGGGAACAUAGCAGAUAUACGUGUGACUGGGGAUGGGUGGAGUGCGGGGAGGUAGAGCCAGUUUAGCUAAUCCUAAACAAUAUAGAAGAGAUGUCAGGUUGGAUAGAUAUAUGGAGAGCGGAUUUUAAUAGGACCUGUUAGGACUUUAUCCUAAGGGCAGUGUGAUACCACUAAGUGUUUUAAACAAGGGAUUGAUAUCAUCUGGUUUGCAUUUUGGAAAGAAUAUUCUGUCUGUUUUGUGCAUAAUGGAUUGAAGAGAGGUCACAGACAACUCAGGAAGACCAGAUUGGACGCUGCUGCAGAAGUCCACACACAAGAUGAUACUAGCUUGUUUAGGGUAUAACAGUAGAGAUGGAGAAAGGUUAACAGAUGGGAAAAGUAGUUGAAGAAAUAGAUAAAUUCUCAAUGCAUGCACCUUUUCAUAUCUUUAAAAAUAUAUGUUUUAAAAAACUGUUUACUUUAUCCUUUGUUUUUUGUUUUUGUUUUUGUUUUUACUUUUUACGAUGUUAUAUUGGUUGUGUAGUUCUUGAUACUUAAUGCCUACUCUUUAUCCUGUUUACUAUUGAUGGCUAAUGUCCUUCCUUUGCUUUGCUGUUUAGGUCCUAUUGAGUAGUUGCUUGAAUUGCUUAGAUGUUUAAUAAUGAAAUAUUGAUACAUAUAAAGGAAUAUAUAAAAUGUAUUUAAGGUAUAAAUGAAAAAGCAAACACAUGUGAUGUAUCAUCUCAUAAAAUUAUACAGUUUUAGCUGUUAGAAGUAAUUCUGAACAAUCCCAAAUAAUUCCUCUUAGAUAUUCUCCAACCAGCAUUCAUCAGUUGAAAGGAGAGGGAGGUGGUUGAUAAUAACUGUAAUAAGAAUGACAAUAAUAAAACACCUAAUGACCCCUAAAAUGAGAAUUAUGCCUAAUAUAAAAAACAGAGAAUGCUUUAUGUAAUGAGCUAUGUAAAUAUAUGAUAUCAAUGCUAUUUUGUUAUUAGAACUUCACAUUGUAAAUUAGUUCCUAUUAUAAUCAGAUCAGAAAAAAGGAUGGAAAAGAAGAAAAGUGAGGCACUAUUAGAAAGAUUCAGUCUGUAUAAAGAAGAAAAUUAUUUUGUUAGAACUACUAAAGGUUUUUUAAGGAAGUUAGUGGAAGUUUUGAAAGAAGGAAGCUUAGUGGGUCAAAGGCACUACUUCUCUGCCUCUCAUAUUAUGAUAUACCUUUGGAAGCAUGUACAGUUAUGGAUUAUUUUCAGUAUUCUUAGACCCAACUCUCUGCCAGAAAUUAUUUUUUGGAAAUAAAUGUGUCAAACUAAGGUGAUCUUGUAUUUGAAUUCCUCUAAAUGAGAUUUUUUCCCAUUUCUCUGAUUUUGGAAAUAGUACUAUUCAAAACUUUUAAAAAUAUGUGAAGUCUAUACUUUUAAAAUGAUUUGUUUAGAAUUUUGUGACUUGAACUAGCUUUAGUAAUUGAUGAUAUUUCACUUUUCAAUGGUUUUGUAGUAAAGCUUAGUAUUUAAGUCUUUUUUAUAUGGAAUGUGGGACCCGAAUAUUUAUCAAAUGUAAUUUUUAUUUUGAAUAUUUAUUAUUAUUAUAAAAGCGAAUGUUAGUUAAAGACAAUCUUGUUUGAUUUUAAUGCUUUUAGAUAUCCCUAAAAGUCAAAUUGCAUCUCUGUAAAGUAGGACUUUCUAACCUUUUUGUGUUAAAUUUAAAUACUAAGAUUAUUGUUCUACCUUGUUUUAUAAAUUUUUCUGGUAAUGAGAAGUGUGCUUCCAUUCUGUAUUUCACCCUGAAGAUUUCAACAAUAAUAUGGGCUUCCUGAAAGGCAGUUCAACAGGGAGGAAAGAAUAGCAUUUUCUAUUCUUUAGAAAUCAUUUUUUGAAAUCCAAAAUAAUUCUUUUUAGAUAUUUCCUGACUGGCAACCAUCAGUGGAAAGGAGAGGGAAGGAGGGAGGGGUUCCUUAACAUGGUGUUAAGAAUGACAGUUUUCACAACUCUGUAAAAGAAGUCAAGUUAUACUUACCUUCUCUAGUACCACUUUCUUCCUUUGGAAGAUGAUACUUAUGGGUACCUACUUAACAGAGAUUUAAGAUUUUUAUAGAGAGAAAAUAUAUAAAGCACAUGACAUAAUGCUUGCACAUAGAACGUGCUCAACAGAUGUUAGUUAUCUUUCAUUUUCAUCUUAAUUUUCUGAUUUAAUUCUGAAAUACUUUGUAAAUUAGUUCUAAGUCACUUUUAAGAAAAGUGCUGACCCCAUACGAAGUAGGCUUAAAAUAGUGAAUGUUUGUCCGUAGUAAGUCAAAAUAAAUGGAAAUAUUUUCAACCUCCAUCAAAUAAGCUUAAUUUGCAUUCUUCUAACUUGGGUUUGGGUAGUUUAAGUACUGUGUGACAAAGUUCUUUGGCUCUUUGACUCUUUUUCGUAUUAGGAUAAAAAGCGAACUAAGCAGUCAUUCUAUUUAUUUCUAAUACCUACUCUUCUUAGGUCAUAUCUGACCUUAAAUAGUUCUCCAAAUAGAUUUUAGUGUAGAGCUAUUAGUUUCAAUGCUUUGUUUAUACUAUUAAAUACAUCAAAUUCGGAUGUUUAGUGUGGGUUUGGCAGGGAUUAGAGAGAUUAUUAAGUGACAACUUCUAUUAAUCAAAAUAUAAUUAUAUUUUAGAGAGUAAAAAUCAUAGCUAUAUCACUUGAGUUCCUGAAGACUUAGCUGAUUUUUAAUAAUUAAUAAGUUUUUUCUGCCAAUGAGCAUUAGAUUACUGCUGACUUUUUAGUGUCAUAGUACCUUGUGGUAGUUUCUCUAUAGGUUUUAAAGGUGUAUCCCAGUUUUUUUGUUUUCCUGUCCUGUCCAUAAGAAAUAAUAUUUACAAAUGCUAUAAGGAAAAUACCGUUGGAAAUUCAUACAUGCCAUUAAUCUGUCAUAAGGAUCGGUCAGUUCUAUUGUCUUCUUUUGUCAAUCUUGAUCGGAGCUUGCCGAGUAAGUCUAUAAGCCUGCAUGUGCCUGGCAACUGUUACCUAGUGACAGUUUCAGCUGCAGUAGCCAUUGGCUGUGCUGUUGAUUGGGGCAGGAGGACCGAGUCACCUUUCUGAUGGUGAGUUCUUCUGCAUCAGCUCAGGAUGAGGAGGAGGAGCAGGGCUCCGGCUCAGGUGGAGGCAAUGAUACUGAGAGACUGUGAAGAAUAUACCGACAGCAUCCUGGUAACUGCAUCACAGUAAAUCGGACUUCUGAAUCAAGCAGCCCAGCCUAGCAGCUGAUAAGAGUGAAUGUAGCUUAUCCCCCUCCCUUCCCCACCAAAGCUGAGGUGUGUCACUACUGCACUGAAGCUGAUGAAGAGACUUGAACACUCUCUGGGAUGCUCAGCUGUGACAGAAGCACUGCUACUGUCUACUGAAGCUGAUUCUGCGACACUCAUGUACAGAGUUUAACAGAUGCUGGGCAGAGCACCUGCUUGCUGUAGCCAAGGCUGCAGGUUUCCUUAAUUCCAAGCCAUGAAUGAAUCCAGGUGGAUUGAAUGGAAGAUCCUGAACGUGAGCAGUGGCAUUGUGAAUGCAUCCGAACGUCACUCCUGCCCACUUGGAUUUGGCCACUACAGUGCGGUGGAUGUCUGCAUCUUUGAGACAGUUGUUAUUGUCUUACUGACAUUUCUAAUCAUUGCUGGCAAUUUAACGGUCAUCUUUGUCUUUCACUGUGCUCCACUCUUACACCAUUAUACUACCAGCUAUUUCAUUCAGACAAUGGCAUAUGCUGAUCUUUUCGUUGGAGUUAGCUGCUUGGUUCCUACUCUCUCACUUCUCCACUACUCCACAGGUAUCCACGAGUCAUUGACUUGCCAGGUUUUUGGAUAUAUCAUCUCAGUUCUGAAAAGUGUUUCUAUGGCAUGUCUUGCUUGCAUUAGUGUGGAUCGCUAUCUUGCAAUAACGAAGCCUCUUUCCUACAAUCAACUGGUCACCCCUUGUCGCCUGAGAAUUUGCAUUAUUUUAAUCUGGAUCUACUCUUGCCUAAUUUUCUUGCCUUCCUUUUUUGGAUGGGGGAAACCUGGUUACCACGGUGACAUUUUUGAAUGGUGUGCCACCUCUUGGCUCACCAGUGCCUAUUUUACUGGCUUUAUUGUUUGUUUACUAUAUGCUCCUGCUGCCUUUGUUAUCUGCUUCACUUACUUCCACAUUUUCAAAAUUUGCCGGCAGCACACCAAAGAAAUAAAUGAUCGGAGGGCCCGAUUCCCUAGCCAUGAGGUGGAUGCUUCUGGAGAGACUGGGCACAGCCCUGACCGUCGCUACGCCAUGGUUUUGUUUCGGAUAACCAGUGUGUUUUACAUGCUGUGGCUCCCCUAUAUCAUUUACUUUCUUCUUGAAAGCUCCCGGGUCUUGGACAAUCCAACACUAUCAUUCCUGACAACCUGGCUUGCUAUAAGUAAUAGUUUUUGUAACUGUGUAAUAUACAGCCUUUCCAACAGUGUUUUCCAGCUAGGCCUCCGAAGACUGUCCAAGACAAUGUGCACAUCUUGUGUGUGUGUGAAGGAUCAGGAAGCACGAGACCCCAAACCUAGGAAACGGGCGAAUUCCUGCUCCAUUUGAAGAGAACUACACAGUAAAUCAAAUGUAAUCUGACAGUGGUUUUGGAUUGUACUCUUGUUUCAUUUGGAAAUUUGCCACUAGAGAAAUAUUUACUUGAAUAGUUUACUAUGAGGUGAAGGGACUAAAGGUUUCUUUUUUUUUUUUUCCUUUUUACAUGUAAAAAAAGCUUAAGAAAAGGAUGUAUGGAGGGCAAUCUCAUGAGAUAAUUAUAGUGUGUGAGUAUAAAUGUGCACUAAUAGGAAAAAUUAAGCACUGAGAAUGAAAAAAGUAUCUAUCUGAGAUCUUCCACAGGACCUGGGCAAAGCCCCUCGGCGUCUCUGUCUUGUCUGACUGAACUCUCUCCUCUAUCCCUGGCUCUCAUUCUGUCUGUCUGUCUGUCUCGCUCACUCUCUGUGUCUUGUGUUUGUAGAAAUUACUUGCAUAAAUUGCCCUUCAUAGAAAAAUGCUGCAUAUUAUAUAUGUGGCAAAGUAUAAUCUUUUGUGUCAAAGUGUACUUUUAAGCACACUAAUCUAUGAUCUCUAAGUGGUCUCUCCAUGGAGGAUGCAUAGUAAGCAUUGUAUUUUGUUAUCUGCCACACAACCCUAUUUCUUGUGUUUUUAUAACAUCUGCAGCACAAAUUUUCUGCUAUGGACAAAAAGAAAGAGUACUUUUGUUUCUUCUGAGUAAAAUUAUGCUUGCUUCCCCUUCUUCUUAACAGCGUGCUAUUUUUUUCCUUUCCAUUUUUCUUGAUCUGUAUCCUUUGGUACCUUAAUCCAGAAGUGUCUUAGCUAAUGAAGAAGAAUCUACUAAAUAAAGCAAUUGUGAUAUUAAAUAAUUUAUUCCUUCUAACAAAGCAAUCUAUAGCCUAUUUAAGAUAUUGUGUUAAGUGUUUUUAAUGCUUUGGGAAACAUUUUUAUCUGGUUUCUUUUAAAUUAGUUCAUGUGUCCAAAGUGGUAUCUUUUUGCUAUAGUGAAGCUUUGUUUUUCUUUUAGAAAAUCCACAAAUAGUUCUAAGGCAUAUGCCGAGUACUCACCCAGAAGUAAGAUAUGUGUCUUAAAGCUACUUGGUGCAUCCAUUUUUUUUUAGAGUGAAAUAUUAACUUUUUUGUGUUGGGUCUACAAAGCUUACUGUUGUGUCCACUAAUCAUUUGUGUGAUAUGCAUUUGCACAUACCGUAUUUUUUACAACAAAGAAAAUGUAAAUUAUAUUAUGUCAUCUGUGCCUAAUGUUUUCUUAGCACAAUAUAUAGAUCAAUGUUGCUUAAGGCAUCAACACCGGAAAAAAAAACACAAAAACUUCUUUUAAGAGAAAAAUACUUUUUGUGUAGCUGUUAUUUAGAUAUUUAUAUUAGACCAAGCUGCAUUCUUAGUGCUGCUGAGAAUACAAUAUACUUAUUAUGAAAUACAGGUAAGAGCUAUCAGUAUUUUCUUUUGUGAUGAUCUGUUUUCAUAUUCAGAGAUUAAACCUGUUUUUUAGUGUGCUGUAUGGAAUUGUGUAAUAAAUUGUCAGGGGUUUAAAUGUAGCAAAAUGGCAUUUGAGGAAUUAGUAGUGAAGCAGGUGUGAGUGAUAAAACAUCUAAAUCUUACUUUUAUACCAUAAGUUUCGUGCCUGAUAGAUAUUUUAAAAUUUAUAUGAAAUUAGUAUUUUUCUCCUUAGCACUUUUGAUUUCUCUGUUUUAUGAAAUGCAUUUAAUGAAAUGUGCCUAUGACUCUUCAAAUUGGAAGCCAACCAUGUUUGCACACUGGUGGUUUGACUUCAGAGGUCCUUUAGGUCAUCAUUUUAUUGAGGUUGUUCCAAAUCCAUGUAUAUUUUUAAACAUGUAAGAAAGGUUUAAAAUAAAGAAUAAAAUAAUAUUCUAUAUAUCAAAAUCAGACUUUGCUUCAGUUUAAUGAAAAUGCUUGCUUAGAACAAGAGUUUUUUUGGGGGGAAUCAAAAUUUAAUUGUUUCACAUUUCUGUGGUUUGGGUUGUUUAUAUUAAUUCUUGUCCCUUGUUUGCCAGUGACAUCUUGGAUAAGUUGAAAUACAUCUUUCAAAGUUCAGACCAGUUCAAGGAAAACAAAGGAAGCAUGACAUUGCUAGCUUUUCAAUUGUCAUAAAUAGAAGCUUCAACGUUCUAUGUAUUAUUUGAGAAUCAGAUUUUGAUUCCUUUAGUUUGGUGUGUAAACAUACUUAGAAAAGACUCGGUAGACCCUCUGUACAGAAAGCCUGAGGCUGUGUUCAUUGCAUUUUCCUCUUCUGGCUUUUCCUCCUGAUAAUAACCACAGUUAUGUGCCAGACAUUGUAUUAAGUUUUGCAUGUAACAUUUAAUCUUUAUUACAAUCCUUGAGUUAGAUGUCUUUCUUGUUCCCAUCCUAGAGAUGACAAACUAAAGGAAAGUGAUUUAUCCAAGGUCCCUCAGUUAGUCAAGGGCAGAAGUUCUGCACGUUCAGUUGAGCUGGAGCCAAAGACUGUACCCGUAACCACUGUGCUGUACUACUGCCUCUCCCCAAAGCCUUCAGGUGUUUGGGCCUCUGUCUGCUUUCUUCCCUACAAAAUUCCUCUGAGUUUUCUUUUUUCUCACCUAAAUCUUUUGCUUUAGUUCUUUCCUUAUCUUGCGAUAUCUUUUUCCUUGAUCUUACAGAUCUCCUGUUAAAACGGCAAUCUGGUAAGCCCAAACUUGCCAGUUCAGUCUGUAAUCAAACUGAAACCCUGGGGCAUGGCAUUUCCUUGAUGUUACUUUUGUUCAUUUUUGUUAAGUUUUCGUUGAAUAACUUUUAGAAAUCUCUGUAAAUUACUUUUGGGAAGGAAUUUUUUUGAAGGAGAAGAGUGGAGAAGGAAAGCUUUAUCAUAGGCUGAAAGGGGAGCCUCUACUUAGUUCUAGGUUUAGAUUCUUCAUUUAUUGUAAUGUUUCGUGUACAACUCUAGGGCAGGCCACUUAAUUUCCUGUUGACAUAUUUUAAUAUGUGUUGUUAUAGUAAGAUAAUACUUAUUUUGAAACUAUUCUAUCUUUUUAAGAUUAAUGUGUCUUAAGAAUAGAAAACAUAGCCAUUUUUCUCAUUAUUAUAUUCUGUGGUAAUUAUCCAAUUUGGUUAUAAAUGACAGCCAAACCAUAAUGCUGUAGUCUAUUACUACAGGAUCUGUUAUCUGUGGAGUUGUUUCUAAAGUUACAUAGUGUUAGAAGGCUUUAUAACCUACUAGUGUGUGAAACCUGGACUGAAAUCCUGGCCCUCAUAAGCUGUUUGGCCCUACGUAAGAUACUGAGUGUUCCAAGUCCUCAGUUUUUUCAUCAGUAAAGUCCAGAGACUUGUACUUUCCUGUGAGGCUGGAUUCGAGGACUAAAUGAGGUAAUGUAGUGUAUGUGCUCAGCGUGGCUCAUGGCACAUAGAAAGUGUUCGGAAUGUGGUAGCUGCUGUUAUUAUUUUUGUUGCUGUUAUUUUUAUUGUCAUCACAAUUUAAAGAUCACUAAUUCCAAUUUAGGAAAUUGUAUUUUAUAACAGAAUUAAUCCGUUGAGGUUUUUUUUUUUUUGCCAAAAUGCUACAAGAGCAUUUUUUCCCGAAUCUGUUUACGCUCAGAUUUUGGCUUAAGCUCAGAUGUUCUUACAUGUA